CAUCUAUAGUCACUAUCGACAUGUGAGAUCUACACAGCAUUCAGUAUGAGGAAACUCCUUGGCAGAUUUUGCUCCACAUGCUGUGUUCGCGGUUUGCUGUCACCUACACUAUGACUGCAGUUUGCGCCAACAGCACCUCAUGUUGAUGUCUGGGUGUAAGGACAGGUGAGGGGUGACAAGUUGAGAGAUAGCGUUAGCAAAAUGGUAAGGCGGCUACACUUUUGCUCCAGUUAUACUAAAUAAAGGCACUCAAAGCAAGCGAAGUUGUCGUGGGUCCGUGGCUGGCUCCGCUAAUAGUUCGCGAACGGCGUCAGCUUUGAGGACCGGUUACGCAGUUGUUUAUAUGCUUUGCUAGUUAGCUCAUGUUAGCAAGCUAGUAGCUAACUAGUAGCUAGCCUGCUGAGUUGCUAUGUCGCAACCGAGGGUUUGGACUUACUGGAGCUAACGUUGCUAGCUCGUCCCAAACAAACUUUGAAUCUGGAGGAAAAAACACGAAAGGUGGAUGGCUAUGUCGGUGCGGGGCCUGUACUUUGUGGUGACCCUCUUUUUGGGUAGUUUCUUUGGAAGUGUCUUCAUGUUGGGUCCAGUUUUGCCCCUCAUGCUGCUGUCUCCUGCUUGGUAUCGCUGGAUCACUGAUCGCAUCGUCGCUACCUGGCUCACUCUGCCUGUGUCCUUGCUAGAGCUGGUAUUUGGGGUGAAGGUGGUUAUAACAGGUGAUGGCUUCAUUCCGGGGGAGCGAAGUGUGAUCAUCAUGAACCACCGUACGCGUCUCGACUGGAUGUUCCUUUGGUGUUGUCUGCUCAGGUACAGCUACCUUCGUCUGGAGAAGAUCUGCCUCAAGGCUGCUCUCAAGGCUGUGCCUGGCUUUGGCUGGGCAAUGCAGGUAGCCUGCUUUGUCUUUAUUCAGCGUCGUUGGGAGGAGGACAAGAAGCACUUGGAGAACAUGCUGGACUACUUCUGUGACAUCAGAGAGCCUCUACAGCUGCUGCUGUUCCCGGAGGGCACAGACCUCACUGAAAAUACAAGAGCAAAGAGCCAUGCGUUCGCUGCCCAGAACAGCAUGCCGAAAUUUGAGUACGUGCUGCAUCCCCGAACCACUGGAUUCACCUUUAUUGUGGACAGACUACGAACAGGAGAUAACCUGGAUGCCGUCCAUGAUAUUACAGUGGCCUACCCCAAAAACAUCCCUCAGACAGAACGCCACCUGAUCCUGGGGCUUUUCCCCCGUGAGAUCCACUUCCACGUCCACCGCUACCCAGUGGCUUCACUGCCCUCCUCAUCCUCAGACCUGGAGUCUUGGUGUCGAGAGCGUUGGGCUGAGAAGGAGAUCCGUCUCCGUGACUUCUACUCAGGCCAGCCCCAGGCCUUUGACAGGGAUGGUGUUGCACGUGUGCCACCUUGUAAGUCAGAGCUGCGAGUGGCUCUGAUCAAAGCUGCCUCACUGCUGUACUGGAGCAGCUUCAUUGCUCUGUGCUUCACUGGCCUGUGGAUGUGGGCUCCAUUCAGGCUCUAUUUCCUCGUCAUGGUUGGAGUAUAUACGGCCCAGCAGAAGCUGGUUGGGGGGCUGGAGCUGCUGGAGUUGGCCUGCCAUCGAUACUGGAAGUCAAUGGCUGCGAACGUGGGUGAAAAGAAUAAGGUGUUGGAUGGGAAGAUGCAGUGAGGAUGGAGGACAGGGUUGACUGGACAAUGACAUGGUUCCACCUAUGCUCAGCAAGGAUCCUGAGAAGUCCGUUGGCUUGGCCUGUUCAGUCCAGAGGGCUAGAGGAUCCCUUAGAGGGACCCAGGACUUCAUGCCUUAGAAAGAGAGUAAUAAGUCCACUUCUUGUUGGUAUGCAUGGCUUCAGUGGAGAGAGCUUACCUUUCUGUUGAAGAAAAAAAAGGAAUGUUAUGUACAUUUAUCUGUGUUGGGUUCAAGGAAAUCGUCAUACAUGAUGUGUCACCUGACGUGUAUUUCUCUUCUCGUAUAAUCACUGUUAAGUAGCGUGCUGUCAGUGCAUUUUAUCUGUCUUAUGUUGUUGUUGUUGUUGUAAUGGUUGUUUGUUCAGAGCCUCAGUGUCAUGAAAACAAUGCUGUUAAUAUUUUUUAUACUGUUGCCAUGUCCUUGAAAUUGGUUUUAUUGUAUACUAUGUUGCCCUUGGUUUUAUAUCAGUGUCAUAAAUUAUGGAGCAGAGCCAUAGUACAGACUGCCUGUACAUAUGAUGACUUGACUCUAACCAAUCUUCAAAUCAGCACUGUAGUUAGCUGGAUUAGACUGAUGGGACUAGUUAAAUGAAUCAGUUUCAUUAAUAGUCUCUGGCAAGGAAAGAAAAUGACAGAUAUGUCCAAGAGAAUUAUUAAGGAGUAUACAGGUAUAUUUGUACCAUUGUUUACCUAUAUUGGGUAUAAUUACCCUUUUCUACAAACUAGGGAAUGAACUUUUCCCAGUUAGUCCUUAGAGAUAACUUGUGUGAUGAUGUUGAUUACUGUAUAGGUCUUGAAAGAUAAAUUAUGUUAUUCUGCUUGUUUGCUCAAGUAGCUUUUGCACUUAAAAGCCAAAGGUGAGAAAAGCAGACAUGAUGUAAAAGUAACCAAACAGAAUGUAGUCUGUCUUUGUCAGGACAGGGUAGAUUCACCCACCACGGGCAAAGUUGUCUGCAGUUCCACUGAGUCAGCGCUUGUAAUCAUCGACUCAUCAAGAUCAAAGCUCCGACUGAGAUCUUAUGUCCGAAUAACUGUAGAAGCAGUUGAGCUUUGUGUCCUUUAUGGGAAUGAAGGGAUGCCUUGUAGAGGCAGGAUGUGGGUGGUGCUGGGAUGGAAGAAUGUCCUGUUGGGACAGCAUUACCCCUCGAUGUGCAGGGUGGCACAGAGGACCAGACUUGGAGUGGAAAACUGGCCCUGAACUCAGCCUAAUCCAAAAAAGCCCUGUAAUGCCCUCCUCUGCCUGUGUCACUCUCUAGAGGACUGGCAUUGAUGCGCCUGUUAAACUCAAUUAGCAAGUGACAGCUGAGAAAGCUACUCCAAUUGUGCCAAAAAAGGACAGAAAUGGAAACAAGAUUGGAGUGGCGCUUCAACCACACUUUUAGCCACUGACUGUCCUUACCAAUGAGCUCAGGACCAUUUCAAACCACGUUCAUUCUGGGAGUCAGGGAAUAUUUAUGUCUCGGACGGUCUUUAGCAGUUUCAGUCACACUGUGCAGUCUGUGAUCUAGCUGACCACUUCAACCCUAUUUUGUGAGAUAAUUGUCUUUCAUGGUCGACCACUCAAUAGAAUAGUGACUCAAGCAUCUUUCUUGUUUAUAUGAGUCUGAAGCUCCUGUAGUUAAAGUGUAAAGGGGCUGUUUCCAGGCACUGUGAUGAGCUGUGUUAACAAUUUAAUCAUCAGCACGUUGUAGUUUACCAAACAUGGUACUAUAUCCAUUUCCUCAACCCAUUUACAAAUCCUGAACCAGCUAGAAUCUACAUGUAUUACUUGUGCUGUUUUGUGUUGCUCAUUUUACAGUCACUUGCUGAUGCUGGACCUCUUUAAAGUCACUGUCCUCAGGUAAACACAGUGGACACUGUUAUGAGUCAGUCUCUUAAAGGAAGAAAUAUAUAUCUGAAUAAAGAUACUGUAUCAACUCA